UUGUGUCUUAACUUCACAAUUUUGUUUUUCAGGGGUGUGAUGGCGGAAGGUAAUGGAGGUGGUGACCCUGGGUCACAGGUAGAUGGGGAGAGAACAGAAGAUUACCAGAAACUAAUAAAUUAUGGUUUAAAUGAAAAAGUGGCAGCAAAGCUUGAUGAAAUCUACAAACAAGGCAAACUUCGACAUGAGGAUUUGGAUGAACGGGCACUGGAUGCAUUAAAAGAAUUUCCUGUAGAGGGAGCAGUGACAGUUUUGAAACAGUUCUUAGAAUCUAACUUGGAACAUGUUUCUAACAAGUCAGCAUACUUGUGUGGCGUUAUGAAGACAUAUCGACAGAGGAAACAGUAUAACACAGAUAGUAUGACUGUCAAUCCAGGCAAAGGCCCAGAUGAAGAUAAUUUGAAAGCCAUCUUGGAGCGAUCUGGAUAUACACUAGAUGUUACUACAGGGCAGAGGAAGUAUGGAGGCCCACCGCCAAACUGGGAGGGCCCACCACCAGGCCCAGGAUGUGAAGUGUUCUGUGGGAAGAUACCAAAAGAACUGUAUGAAGAUGAAUUGAUUCCCUUGUUUGAGAAGUGUGGCGAAAUUUGGGACUUGCGUCUAAUGAUGGAUCCAAUGACAGGUCAAAACAGAGGCUAUGCCUUCAUUACUUUCACAACACGUGCAGCUGCCAAUGAAGCAGUUUCAAAGCUUGAUAAUUACAAUGUCAGGGAAAAUGCUGCCCUGAAAGUUAAUAUUAGCAUUCCUAAUCUGCGGCUGUUUGUGGGGAACAUCCCAAAAUCAAAGUCUAAAGAAGAAAUUAUGGAAGAAUUUUCAAAACGCACAGCUGAAUGAAUAUGAAAUUCAGCGCGGCAAAAAAUUAGGGGUCACUAUUUCAUACAACAAUCAUCGAUUGUUCGUAGGAAAUAUCCCCAAGAACAGGGAGCGACAUGAAUUAUAUGAGGAGUUUGCAAAGCACGCA